GACCGAAACUCGCGUGUGGACAACGACUCGUGGUAAUCGUUCGGGAACGCGCGAGACCGAACUACUCUGAUCGUGCGUGUUCGUGUUCAAAAAGUGUGCCAUCGAAGUCUUGACGGGCAUUGCGAAUCGUAAUAUUAUUCUUUCGGCCAUCUUCUUCAAGAUCAAUUGGUUUCAAAUAUAUGUGAUAUACCAUUAAAGCCGCUAAAAUGUGGAACUCUAUCACAGAGAACUAUAACAUCAUAAUGAACGAAUAUAGCGACAAAAGGGUUAAAGACUGGUUCCUGAUGAGUAGUCCAUUACCUACGAUAACUAUAUGUCUAUCAUAUGCUUUUAUAGUAAAAAUAUUGGGACCCUGGCUGAUGAGAAACCGUAAACCCUUCCAGCUACGAAAAACUUUAAUCUAUUACAAUUUAUUUCAAGUUCUGUUCUCUACGUGGAUCUUCUACGAAGCAUGGGCUUCUGCAUGGGGCAAUGGUUACAGUUUACGGUGUGAACCCGUAGAUUACUCAAUGAGUCCAUCUGCUAUGAGGG